AUGUAUAUCAUAGAACUCAAAGUUCAACAGAAUUUGACAAACAUGAUUAAUAACUACAGAAAAACAAAAAGGAAACAGUUGAACAAUCAUUAUGAACGAAGCUUCCUCAAUAAGAUUUCCUUUCAAGAUAUGAUUUGCAAUCUGCAGUUGGAUUCACCUAUUGUGGACUCUCUGAGUAUCCCUUCUCAUCUGCAUUCUGUCCUAAACAUGAAGGUAGCCGAUUUCAUCUUGGACGGGAACCGGAACAUUCCUCGUUAUCUAAUUCAAAAGAAGGAAAGUCUAGCUAGGCAGAUUCUCACUGUGACUCUCCCUACAGAAGACACGUCUGAAAAGUUGAAUUGGAGGGGUUCUAGUGAUGGAGAGCUGACUUGUCAAAUAACUUACAGCGCUCUGCGUGUUUCUGGACCAGCUUUACGGUGGUGCAAGCUAGCUUGGAACUCUUUUGUCCCUCCCACUAGGUCCUUUGUUUUCUGGAGGUUAGCGCAUAACAGGUUACCCACGGAUGAAAACCUUCGUAAACGCGGUUGUAAUAUUGUCUCUGUGUGCUGGUUUUGUCGUCACCAUGAAGAAAUCUCAAAUCAUAUAUUUUUCAGCUGUCUGGAAACACAAAAAAUAUGGAAGUGGCUGUGUGCAGGGACUCAUCAGACCCUUGACUGUUCAGACUGGCUUCCGUUAAUCUCUAGCUGUGUUGGUAAUUGGAGCAAAGCGGUGCAGCAAGUCUUAAUAGCAGCAGUUCUGCACACAGUUUGGAAGAUUUGA